UCAUUAUAUCAGUGGUACAGAGUCAGAAGGGAGUGGCAGAGUCUGAAUGUGAGAAAGAGAACACGAAAGGGAGCUUAGGAAUGGGAUGAAGCUAUCAAGGAAAACCCUGAAAUGAUGGUUUGGAAUGAGGGCAAAGGAAGCAUGAUGGAAGAACUGGCAAAGGAAGAGUUGGAGCUGCUUGAAGCUCAAUAUCCCAACCAGCAUGAGUAUCUAAAAAAUGAACUCAAGUCCUUCAUCUUUCAACUCCAGACCAAGAACAUGGAUUCUGAACUUCUUCUAGAAAACAACCUCUGCAACAAUCACCUUGUUUUCCUUGAUACUGAAGAAUCCACAAGCCUGGAGGGGCAAAGGAAGAGCAGUGACUGUAGUUUUGAACCUGCUUCGGCAGACAGAGUAGUGAUCGAGGGGGAGAUGAGCGGAAGUUCUGAGCUUGAAACUCCCAAGAGUGAUUUGAUAAAGCAUUUCUCAAGCAAGAAGAAGAGGAAAGACAGGGUGGAUUUGGUUCUUGAGAGAGCACAAGUUUGUCUAAAGAAAAUCAAACACUUGAAGACAUCCCUACUUUCUCCCUUCUGAAGUUUGGAAGUGAAUGUUUCGUUUGACUCAUGUGAACCUGGUGUUAGAAGAACGUGACUAGGGAUUUUUUGAUGCUGUCCACAUGGUGCUGUUUUGUUUUGAUUAUGUUGACCCUGUAAUUGGAUGAUAGCGCAUAGCCGUUGUGGGUUUUGUCUGGCACAGAGAAUGGCUCCAAAGAUUCUUUUGUGGCUCUAUUAUGCUUUUUGCCAAAAUAUCAAAGUUGUAAAUUUUCUGUGGUGUAAAGGAGCAACCGUGGACAGAGGUACAGUCAGUCAAUAUCCAUGUUGCAGUAUACUUUAUCAAAAAGAAAGUCUCUAUUUUUUCCUCUUUUUGGCUAGACAAUCUUGAACUUAAGAACGAGAAGGGCCAGAUUGUGACUAUUAAAUAUUCAAAUACAAAUACUGCCACUGUCACUUUAUUAAAUAUUUCAAGGACUAUAUGAUUUGAAACCGUGUAACAAUCUUUCCUGCACCUUCAUAGUUGGAUUUCGGUAGCGUUAUUUAUAGGUCAAACCAUGUUGCAUUAUCUUUACAUUAACAGUUUUUUAA